AUGUCCUCGCUGACUCGCGUACCAGAACCGUUCCGUCCUGACUCAACAGGGACUUUUGCAGCGCGUUUGCAUGCGCUCGAGACCGAAGUCAACGAACUCUCCGGUCUGGUCAGGACACUGCAGGCAGACAGGAAGACACUCCGAGAGGAGCUUGACACCGUGAAGACCGAGCUCGGUCUCUGCGCGCCCCCUCCGCGUUCCGAGCUCAGCAGGAUCUCGCCACGCCAGUCGGACUUCAGAACUUUUGUUGCGACCGCCGAUCAAGCCCUUCUCUCCAGGAAAGUGGGAGGUAUCGACACGAGCGACAGUUACGGGAGGACCAUCUUGAAGUCCGACGGUGGGAGAUACCUAUCUUACAUGGCCUGGGGCGAUGAGACGCGCAAUGAGGUUGUGGAGAGGGGCAUGCGCGCCUGGAUUUCGAAGAGCAACGACAAGGCUUUCACUCACGCGCGCGAGAAACUGUCAGAAUUGAUGGGCCUUCUCGCCACUCCGACUGCUCUCUUAUCGCAGAGAACGAACAGCGACGCCAACCAAGCCAUCAGGAGUAAGAAUGAGGCGGAGAAACAGCUCGAAGAGACCUGGAAUCAAGCCAUUGAGAAGGGAGCAUCGGAGCGUGAGACGAUCGAGGCGGUGACGGAAGCGAUUGCGAAGCUGUGUCAGGAGUUCCAGGAAGUCAAACGAUCUAAAGGUUUCAGUCUACCCCUGGACUUAUGA